CUAAGCACGUCUCGUAUACAGAAAAGUUUCACCUACGGUUAUGUUCGGUUGUGAUUUAUUUAAUAUCACCAGCGGGGAAAAAAAAGGAAACAAACAGAAAAACAUUAUAAUUCCUCAUGUGCAAUUAAUCAGUUGAAUCAUUGUUUUAUGACAAAGGGGCCGAAGAAAGGAGAGUACAUGCAUGUGAGUGUGAGUGUGUUUAAGUGUGUGUACCAUAUAUAAACAACAACACAGCGUGACUGCAAAUUAUCUAUAACUUAACUUAACUUAAUAACUCAACGAAACAAAAUACGGCCAGAGUCCGAAUUGGCCUGGCUACAACGUGGACCGUCGUCCGUCGUCGUCGUCGCCGUCGUCGUGGUAAAAUGGCAAUGGUAGCCUUCCAGACGCGGUUCAGUGGCCGGCUGUCUGCCACAACGGCCAUUCUGCUGAUCGCAAAUAUCGUCUACUCGACAACCAGCAGCACACAUUAUUCGGGCGUUGCGGCGGCAACCAGCAACUCCAAUUCCAACUCCAACUCCAACUAUGCUGCUGCUGCUGCUGGUGGCGGCGCUCUGCGCUCCAUUGCAGGCAAUGGAAAUUCAAAUCUACGCUUGGCGUUGCCACGAACGAGCGCCAGCCAAAUAAAUAGUGGCGGAGGCGGUGGUGGUGGUGGAGGGGGCGUCGGAGGGGGUGGCGCUGCUGCAAGCUUUAAGCUUGCUGCAAAAACGUUAAACUCAACGCGCAAUGGAAACUUGCGAACAAGAGAGCAACAAUUGCUAAGCAUAUUUGAAAUAAUUAUCACAACGCUCGAGGGUAAAUUGAAGCGGAUCGAUAAUCUGGGUCGAUCCGUUGAAGAUUUGAUGGGACACAUUGAGACCUUGGAGCAUCGUGUUACCAACAAUGUUGAAAAAACGGAAGAGGCACUGUCGAAAUUAAGCAGUUUGGAUUCCAAACUUUCGAAUGUCGUUUACAUAUUGCCCGAAAUGGGAGCUCAAUCGGUUGAUGGGUUUCACGUGCCAAAGACACCAAACACCGCGUCGACCGCCUCCUCCUCCUCUUCACCCACAUUUCAACUCGAUAGCCGGCUGGUGAAGUUGGACCAGAAAGUUAGCGACAUUGAUAGCAAACUGGAAGUGCUGAAGACCCAAAUCGACAACAAUUUCUUGCAAGUGGAUGACUUCAAUGCCGAGGCAAGCGAGAAGAAGCCAAUCACCAUGAAUGUUGUUGAGAUUACAAAGGCAAUGACGGCUGAGGUGAUGUCCCAUGUCUCAACGGAAGUCAAUCAAUUGCGUGACUCCACUGACAACAUUGACAAGAAGUUGCAGUUCCAUAUAAAUAUCGAAUCCGAAAACAUUGGCCGCAUGUUGCGCAUGAUGAACGACAUCCACGAUGCUGUCGUGGAUCAUCAUGAGCAAAACAGCGGCUACAAUGUGACCACAACUGCUUUCCCCGCAAUUAAGUCCAGCAAAAUUGAUGCGCUGGUCAAGCAGAUGCGUCCCAUGGUCUCCGUGUCGGAGAAAAUGGAUGAAGUGUGGGACGUUGUUGUGGGCACCAAAUCAUCCGUCGACCAUCUGCUGCCCAAAUCGGAUGCGCUGCUUACGCAAACGCAGCGGCAAGAGCGCGCUAUUGGCGAAAUCCAUCAGGAUCUGAAAGCCAAGACCAAUUUGAUCAUCAACAAUUUGGACAUGGUGGAGAAGCGUCUGAAGAAACAGGAGGAUGAUGUGCAAGUGCUUGCCCAGCGACCAAGCAAUGCAGAUCUCUUAGGCGAUCCCACCAUCGAUCGACUGGUCGAGUACGACCCCAGCAGAUAUUCUGUUCUUGACGAGACUCUGACCGACUUGAAUGAGCCACCCACGACGCCCUCAACGACAGCACGCACUACUGCUACAACGGCGAGCAACAGCUCGACUACAGCAUACCCGACCUUGGGCACUCCCACACCCGCCAUGUCCACGAGCAGCCAGUCGAAUUCUUUUAGUUCCAAUAUUAACAAUAUUCUGGGUUUCUCCUCAAACGCAACACUGACGACGGCGGCAACGACUGCCUCCUGGAAUGCCACACCCACAAAAUCAGCCUUCCGAAAGGGUGGCAUUAUCUUUCCGAGUGUCAAAAAUAAACCAGCCGUAGUCAACAACACUUUUACCAGUGACAUUUUUACUCUAAAGGAUGUGAAGGGUUUCUCUUGUGUGGACAUUCUAAAUGCUGGAAUGAAACAGUCGGGAGUGUUUUACCUGCAAAUCCGUGGAACAACUUACUGGUUUUUAAAGGUGUAUUGUGAACAGAACAUUUCGGAUGGUGGUUGGACGGUCAUUCAACGACGUGAUGACUUUGGGGAACCACGCGAAAACUUCAACCGUGAUUGGGCGGAUUACAAAAAUGGAUUUGGCGAGCCGGCAAAGGAAUUUUGGUUGGGCAACGAAAACAUUUAUAUGCUGACAAAUAACGAAGAAUAUGCACUGCGAGUCGAAUUAGAAGACUUUGAGGGUAACAAGCGAUAUGCUCAGUACUCUCAUUUUAAGAUACACUCUGAGGCAGAUUAUUACAAGCUUGAAAUCGAUGGAUACGAAGGAAAUGCUGGAGAUUCGCUAAAUGAUCCAUGGUAUGGCUCAAAUAACAGUCCAUUUUCAACUUACAAUAAAGACAACGAUCGAAGCUCACUCAACUGUGCAAGCAUGUUAAAGGGCGGCUGGUGGUGGAAAUCAUGUGGCCGUGGACUUAAUGGACUAUAUCUGCAUGAUCCUCAGGACUUGACUGCGCGCCAGGGAAUCGUUUGGUUCCGCUGGCGGGGCUGGGAUUACACAUUAAAGAAGGCAACGAUGAUGAUUCGUCCUCGGAUGCCCCAGCCACAAAGUAUGACCUUAGGCCCAGUGACUGCAACAUAGAAUUUCUUGCAUCAUUUUAAACAUUUAAACGUUUAAUUACUUGAGAGAAGAAUUUCUGGUAGGUUAUUAUUAAAUAUCCGCCCAUAUAAUAGCGAAUGAUGCAUAAUAGCAAAUUUUAUUGACAAGCAUUCUGUUAUUUUAAUUGUUUAUCAUUUAAAAAUAAUAACUUAUUUUUUAAUGUUGUAUUGAAUCGACAUACAAGCAAGCUAGUUAAAUCUCUUAAAAUUGUGUAAUAACGUUAUAAGUAUUAAUCUUAAAACGCCGCAAUCAUCCCAUGUAAACUGUAAAUAAAUUCACUGUUGUUCUGUUUGUAUUUAAUGUAUACAAAUCAAAUCAUCCUGACAUCAUUAAAAUGAUUUAUUCACAAUCGUAAGUAAUAUACUAU